AUGCAGAUGAUAUUCUUUUCGGAGUUGUACUCUUCUGAAAUUCGAAAAUUAUUAGAGCGCCUCAUUAACUACAUCAUCUACAAGGGAAUAUUUCUUCCGUUAGUGGUUCCGCCAACAAUAUUUCAAAUAGGCUUGUGGUCAACUUGGUUGGGUGUGGUUUGUUUCUUAAAGAUGUUUCAAGCCUUAGCUAGGGAUCGACUUGAGCGCUUGAAUGCUUCUCCUUCUGCAACUCCAUGGACAUACUUCCGUGUAUAUUCUGCACUGUUGCUGGUUUUCUCUGUUGACUUGCUCUGGAUGUGGCUAUGUUUUACCAUAUACAGUGCAACAAGUUCAUCAGUGUCUUUGUUGUUAUUUUUUGAGCCUUCUAGCAUUGCUUUCGAGACGCUACAGGCCCUGGUGGUUCAUGGUUUUCAGUUGCUUGAGAUAUGGGUGCAUCACUCUGCACGAGAUAUUGCGAAUUUCCGGUUAUCUAAAAUCUUCAAUAUAUCCCCUGCAGGUUCGUUGUGGGAAUGGAAAGGCAUCCUUAUUCGGAAUUUGGGGUUUUUCCUGGACAUGAUGACACUGUUGAUGGCCAUUGCUCAUUAUCUUCAUAUUUGGUUGCUCCAUGGCAUGGCAUUUCAUCUUGUGGAUGCUGUCCUUUUCCUGAACAUUCGGGCCCUUUUAAGUGCAUGCAUAAAACGUGCCCGAGGUUUCAUCAAAUUGCGGAUGGCUUUGGGGACCCUUCAUGGGGCACUUCCUGAUGCUACACAUGAGGAGCUCCGAGCAUAUGAUGACGAGUGUGCUAUUUGUAGGGAACCAAUGGCGAAAGCUAAGAAGCUGUCUUGUAAUCAUCUUUUUCAUCUUGCAUGCUUGAGAUCUUGGUUAGAUCAUGGUUUAACUGAGAACUACUCUUGCCCCACUUGUCGGAAGCCACUUUUUAUGGACCAACCUGAAAAUGGGGUAAGCCCCCGUGCUGCAGAAAUUUCAAGAGAUGAGCAGCUUGCUCGUGAAAUGACAUUACCUAACCAGCCACAGAAUUUGGAAAAUGGUGAUCGGAGGAGGACUGGAAUUGAAUCAAGUUGGUUGGGUUUAGAUGGAGCAGGCACUUCUGGAUUUGGUCGAGUUCAGAUGGUAAUGAGGCAACUUGCAGCUGUAGGAGAAACUGCCCUUGAAGAUUCUGCAUGGGGAUUGUUUCCUCCAAAUCCCUCUCAGGCUGGUACAUCCAGGACAGGCGCCCCUCCUCCUGGCCCUCUGCGGUAUCCCGUUGGUUCUGGUGGUUUAGGUAUGAGGUCACCAUCAAGUGUGCCGAAUGACGAUAUAGCAAAUAUACUCAGCAUGGCUGAAGCAGUUCGGGAAGUGCUGCCCCACAUACCUGAUGGUUUAAUCUUCCAGGAUCUACAGCGGACGAAUUCUGUGAUGGUCACUGUGAAUAAUCUUUUGCAAAUGUGA